ACCCGCCUGGAACAGCUGGGUCUCCUUGCUCCCCCUCUGAAGAUAAAUGCGCAGAGCUGGUGUCCCCAGCCUCCACCCGUUUAUGGAGAGGAGGCUACUUCUGGAGGAGGCUGGACGCCUGAGUGAGCCUUGCAGGGUGACCGCCAGCCCAACGGGCCCAGGACAGUCCCAGUUAAGUCUGGAAAGUCCAGCGUCCUGAGAAACCCUUUCGUGCCUGGCAGCCAGGAUAGCUGGUCACCCCAGCUGGUGGCCUGGGCCCAGGAGGGCAUGAGGGACAAGACCCGGGCCCUCCAGGGCUGAGACAGGGGCAGGGGCUCUGCUGGGGGCGCGCACCCCUCCCCCUCGCGCUCCCAGAGGGGCCCUUUGGCUGAGAAACCAGGCCUCCCCUGUGACAAAAUAUUCACAUUCACGCCCCAAAUCUGCUCCCCUUUCCCAGUAUCAUCACUGCGGGGGACGGCUCUCCACCCGCAGUUCAGUUCUGUUUCCCAGCUUGCCGUCCUACGUCCUCAGGCUGCAGACUUCUGAGCCGCAUUUGAGCUGCACACGCCAGACAUGCAUCCUGACGCCCGUGUCUCGUCUCGGACAAGGAGCCCGAGUCCCCAGGCCCGUGCCCUGGGGCGGCCCGGCUGUCCCGUCAGCAGGCACUAGGUGGGGGACCGCAUGCCCGUGUGCUUGGGAGGCGAGGCCUCCCUCCCCCACCCUCUCCGGCUCUUGGAGAACUUUGCCCGCCUCCCCACCUGGAAAGUCAACAGACUAAGCGACCCAGGGCCUCGCCAUGGUUCCUCGGCUCCGGGGGUUGGCCCUCCUCUGCCUUCUGCUUGGCCUGCGGGGGUCCCUGGUGGCAGUCUUUGUCUCCCAGGAGCAAGCCCACAGCGUCCUGCACCGGCCCCGGCGCGCCAACUCGUUGCUGGAGGAACUGUGGCCGGGAUCCCUGGAGCGCGAGUGCAGGGAGGAGCUCUGCUCCUUCGAGGAGGCCCGGGAGAUCUUCCAGAGCGAGGAGAGGACGAAUCAGUUCUGGAUUUCUUACAACGACGGGGACCAGUGCGCCUCCAGGCCCUGCCAGAACGGGGGCUCCUGCGAGGACCAGCUCCAGUCCUACCUCUGCUUCUGCCUGGAUGGCUUCGAGGGCCGGAACUGUGAGACGAACAAGAAGAGCCAGCUGAUCUGCCCGAAUGACAACGGGGGCUGUGAGCAGUUCUGCAGGGAUGACGCGGAGGCUGGGCGCACCUGCUGGUGCCACGAGGGCUACGCGCUCCAGGCGGACGGGGUGUCCUGCACGCCCACAGUUGAAUAUCCGUGCGGAAAAAUGCCUGUUCUGGAAAAAAGAAACGACAGCAACCCCCAAGGCCGAAUCGUGGGUGGUCACGUCUGCCCCAAAGGAGAGUGUCCCUGGCAGGCCAUGCUGAAGCUGAAUGGGGCGCUGCUGUGUGGGGGCUCCCUGCUCGACACCGUCUGGGUGGUCUCCGCAGCCCACUGUUUCGACAGACUCAGAAGCUGGAGGAACCUGACGGUGGUGCUGGGCGAGCACGACCUCAGCCAGGACGAGGGUGACGAGCAGGCGCGGCAGGUGGCUCAGGUCAUCGUCCCCGACAAGUACAUCCGGGGCAAGACGGACCACGACCUGGCCCUGCUCCGCCUGGCGCGGCCCGUGGCCCUCGGCGACCACGUGGCGCCCCUCUGCCUGCCCGAGCCGGCCUUCGCCGAGGGGACGCUGGCCUUCGUGCGCUUCUCGGCCGUCAGCGGCUGGGGCCAGCUCCUGGAGCGCGGCGCCACGGCCCGCCGGCUCAUGGCCGUGCACGUGCCCCGGCUCCUGACCCAGGACUGCCGGCAGCAGUCGCGCAGGAGGCCCGGCGGCCCCGUCGUCACCGACAACAUGUUCUGCGCCGGCUACACGGACGGCAGCAAGGACGCCUGCAAGGGGGACAGCGGGGGCCCGCACGCCACCCACUUCCAGGGCACCUGGUACCUGACGGGCGUCGUCAGCUGGGGCGAGGGCUGCGCGGCCGCCGGCCACUUCGGCGUCUACACCCGGGUCUCCCAGUACACGGCCUGGCUCCGCCGGCUCAUGGGCUCCCCGCCGCCCUCGGGGGGCCUUGUCCGGGCCCCGCUGCUGCCCUAGCACCCGCCCCGCAAAUAAAGCCGCCGUGUGUGCCCGGUCUUCGCGGACCAAAGC